AUGAUCGAUUUCAGCCUCUCAGAAGAGCAACACCAACUCCGUGCAGGCGCGGCCGCAUUCGCGGAAGCCCACCUCAAGGAUGCCCGGGAAGCCUACUCCCAACACCCAACACAGGAAGCCCGGUUCCGCGCAACAAAGCCCAUCUACGCCGCCGCCGUCAAAGCCGGCCUGAUCAAGGGCCAAGUCCCCACCACGCUGGGCGGAGGCGCGCAGGGCCUCGUCGACGCCGCCAUCCUGGUCGAGGAGUUCUUCUCGGUCGAGCCGUCCGCCGCGCUCACCAUCCUCGGGACGGGGCUGGGGCUGACCCCAUUCAUCCUCGCGGCCAGCGACGAGCAGAGGGCUCGGCUGCUGCCAAAGUUCCUGAGCGGCGAGGGUGAGCCGCUGGCGAGCUUCGUGCACUCCGAGCCGGGCGGGACGGCCAACUGGCUCGAGAAAGGCGGCAAGGGGCUUGGCACGACGGCGAGGAAGGAGGGGGCCGAGUGGGUCAUCAAUGGCGAGAAGCUCUGGACCACCAACAGCGGUGGAUGGGAGGGCGAGGGCGCGGACCUCCAGUGCGUCGUCUGUCGUUGCUCAGAUGACGGCGGCGCUCCAGAUCCGGCCAAGGAUCCUGCGGAGGACAUCCUCAUCUUGCUUGUCACGCCCGAAGUAAUCGCCGCCAACGACCCGGGCGCAUACAAGGUGCUCAUUGAACAGGAGCUCGUCGGCUUCCCUUCUGCAUCAGGCCCGCACAGCCGCUUCACGAACCUCCGCGUCCCGGAUGCAAACCUGCUCUGCCCGCCGGGUGAAGGCGCCCAGGUAGUCGAGCAGACCUUCGGCUCGUCAGCGGCUCUCGUGGGUGCCAUGGGCGUGGGGCUCAUGCGAGCGACUUUUGAUGCCGCGCUACGGUUCGCCAAGGAGGACACGCGCGGAGGAAGUGCUCCGAUCCUGGAGAAGCAGAGCGUGGCAGACUUGUUGAUCGACAUCAAGAUUCGGGCCGAGACCAGCCGGCUUCUAACGUGGAAGGCCCUGCAUGCCAUCGAGAAUGGCCCUGGAGACUGGAAGGCCAGGCUCGAGCUGGCUCUCGAGGCCAAGAUCUACUCGUCCGAGGCUGCGGUGCAGAGUGUCGUGGACGCCAUGAAGGCUGUCGGGAUAACAUCGUAUGCCAAGACGCAGCCAUUCUCGAGGCUCCUCAAUGAUGCCAUGGUCUUACCUCUGUUUGAUGGUGGUAAUGUUGGCGUCAGAAGGCGGCAGAUUGAAAAGAUCUUCCAGAUGGCGGGAUAUCAGCCAUGGGAGGCUACUUACGGGUCGUGA